UUGUGCAAAUUAUUUAAAGGUUUGAACAAAAUUUAGAAACUUGGUCGAAAAUCUCAAAAUCUAAAACUUGGUUGAAAUUUUGGAUGCUUUGGAUCAAAGAUUUAAUAUUCGGGUGGACAUAUAUUUCUAAAAAUAAUUGCGAAACUGUAGUUUGGUCAUAGUCGGGGAAUUAAAAUGUGAGUUAAAGUUUGCAUUAUGUUAGGCCUGCAAAACGUGAUGUCACGGAUCAGCUAACCCCCCCUCCCCGUAUGUCACACUUUGUCACGGAUGCUUGGAACCCCUCCCCCCCAUCUUCAGCGUGACAUAAUUUAUGGAUCACCCCUAAAUAAGGCAAACGUGUGUAAAUUUCCGUACAGAGUUUCAAAAUAAUACUGUGCAAAACAUUGGAGUAAAAAAAGUGAAACGAAACGUAAACCGACUGAUUCCCACUUUUCCCCGUUCAAAAAUAACAUGGAUUUUCUAGUUUCUUUUCCUGGAGAAAGUUGAGCCUCCAUCCAGCAACUUCCAGCUUUCACUCCACUUUUAAUGUCUGGUCAGCUAAUUCAUAAAAAUCCAGCGAUUCAAGCACCAAAUUGCAAUUUGACUUUAAGAGACUUAACAGGUUUGUCAUCAUUUGUUGUGUUUGUUUGGCUGUAAAUUGCUGGCUUGGCUAUCCUUCUUAUCAAAAAACUAAAGUGUAAGCAAAGAAUGGACCCCAUGGUUGGUAGCGGGCGUGGAGGGAAGCGAAGUCACACCCACAGCAGCGUGAUGGGUGGCGUUUCCCCCGAAGAGGAAAACAGCAAUAGCAAUGUGGUCUCUUUAUUGGAAGUUUGCUUUCUCUGCAAUCGUCGCUUUCUCUACGAUUUGACUCUGGAACCGACAACAGCACAAGAUGGACUUAAAGAGGAAGACGUCAUACUUCACAUGUUCUUUGAUGAUACAAGUGCCUUAGAGAAAUCGCUGCUGCAGUGUUGUUCGUUUUGCAAGACUCUCUGUAACUCGUUACUUAAUGCGAAAUCCACAUUAUCAGAUCUUAUCGAUGAGAUUAGCAGCCUUUUACGUAAAAGCAAACGGUUAUCUACCUCAGCUUCCUACUUGCUAUCGAAGCCUCGCGUGGUAACUCGUCUCUUUCAAGAUCAACAACACCCUCCUCAAAUUACCUACCUUAGUGGCAGCUUAGGAAAUUUAUCGUCAACCAUUCAAAUUCAACUUGACUCUGAUUAUAAUAAUUGUAGUUCUAAUUCUGGAUUUCCAAGUCAAUUCAUCCAGCUUGGAAACAGCAACAACAGUUUAGAAACAUUGGGUGAAAGUAGCAACGUGUCGAAGUUGGAUGAAAAUGCAAUUACCAGCCCUAUCCUGAAAGAAUCAAGUAAUCAAUCAAGUCCGAAUAGUGCAAACACCACAAGUUUCAGCUUUUUAUCCCCUUCGCGAUCGUCAAAAAAGUUAAAGCUCGAUAGUUUUAUCCCACAAAAUGCCUCAAAACCAAAAUCUUUACCAAAAGUAAAAACGCAUAAUAAAAGAAAUAAACAGCAAAACCCAACAAAUAAUAAUAUUAGCCCUGAUAUUAGUGGCGAUAUUAAUCAGAUGACCCCUAUCCUUAUCACUCCAAAUAAAAAGACGGUAAUGGUAUCAAACUCUUCCGGACGAUUCGUCGUCGUUCAGGAACAGGAAGAAAAUGCUCGUGAUGUGGAAGAAGAUAAUGUAAUUACCUCAGAUAUUCAUCAAGGAGCGGAUUACAAUCAAACUUAUAUCAUAUUCGAGUCCUGUCUUGAUAAAAGUGAUGGUGUUCAGCAACAUAAAGAACUUGUUCUUGUAAAUAAUGAAGAAAAAGAUCUUGGGGUUACACUAAAUGGAGAUAAUCAAGAACAAUUGGUCAAUGCCAACCGAUCAAAACCCAAAGGAGGAGGAGGCACAGGCGGAAAGUUCGUCUGCACCAUUUGUCCCAAAAGUUUCAAAUGCAAUCGUGAUUUACAAAGCCACAUUGGCUCACACUCUCAAUCUAAACCGUUUUCUUGCGAAAUCUGUGGGACCAGUUAUAGACAAAAGAAAGCGUUGGACAUACAUUUGGGAAUACACCGAGGAGAAUCCAAAUUUGAAUGUGACCAUUGCAGGAAAGUUUUCACUCAAAAGGUCGCCCUACUAAGACAUCUUCCUCUCCACACGGGCGAAACGAUUUAUAAAUGUGAUCUCUGCAACAAAGGAUUCCUCCAUCACUCCUCAUUUGCUCAUCACAAAUUGACGCAUUCGGGACAGAGGAAUUUUCAAUGUCGAACAUGCGAUCAGUACUUUUUUACUUCGUCUCAUUUGAAGCGACAUUAUCGUACACACACGGGGGAACGGCCGUAUCGGUGCAAUAUAUGCGAUAAAACGUUCAACGAAAAGUCCAAUUUAAAAGUUCACCAAAGAGUUCAUACCAAAAUACCGGCUUUCCCAUGCUCUGAAUGUGAUAAAGGAUUUGACAGAAAAAAUAAGCUCAAGACACAUCUUCUAACCGAACACCCUCAGUCAAUGCAUGAGAAUCAGGGAGAAGUGCAAAUUGAUUUUCAGGUUACCUAAUAAAUUCAAAAUUAAGAUGUUACUAGUAAGAAAAUUAUAAUGCAUUGCCAUUAUCCUAAUACAAUUUAAAGUCAAUUGUUACACAUUAA